CAGCGCGCGUCUCUCGCAGCCAAUGGGAGGCGGCGUCUCUGCGGGGCGGAGGGAACCGGAGCGGCGGCCGGGCCGGGCCGGGAUGAAGGGCGAGGCCGAAGGCUGCGGAUUCCCGGCGGGAUCCGGGGUCAAGGUGUUCCUGCACUGGAGCGGGGAUGAGGAGCGGGAAAAAUUCCGGAUUUAUUCCCAAGGAUCGCUGAGCGCCGAGGAAAUCUGCAUGGAUCUGGCCCGAAGGAUCGGAAUUUCGCCGCUGUGCUGCAGCCUCUUCGCUCUGUACCAACCUCAGAGCCGGAUGUGGCUCCCGCCCAACCACCAAUUCCACAUCGGGAAGGAAACCAACGUCUGCCUGAUCUUCAGGAUGAGGUAUUAUUUCCGGAAUUGGCACGGGAUGAACGCGCAGGAGCCGGCGGUGUUCCGGAACGUUCCGCGCCCGGGGGAUUGUCCCGAGGAGAAGGCGCCGGGAGCGGCCGUGCUGGACAGAGCCUCCUUCGAGUACCUCUUCGAGCAGGGAAAAUUCGAGUUCAUCCACGACGUGGCUUCCCUGCAGGAUUUCCGGAGCGAAUCGGAACUCCAGGGAUUCAAGAACGAGAGUUUGGGAAUGGCCGUGCUGCACCUGGCUCAGCUGGCGCUCCGCAGGGGCGUGUCCCUUCCGGAGGUGGCUCGCAAGUACAGUUUCACCGAGUGCAUCCCGCGUUCCUUCCGCCUCCACAUCCGCCAGCACAACUUCCUGACCCGUUUCCGCCUCCGGAACGUUUUCCGCCGUUUCCUCCGGCGUUUCCAGCGGCACACGGUGGCGGCCGGGAAGCUGACGGAGCGGGAUGUGAUGUACAAAUACCUGGCCACCCUGGAACAGUUGGCUCCCGCCUUCGGAUGCGAGAUAUUCCCGGUUUUUUCCUUGGAAACGGCGGCCGAGGCUCAGGCGGAGCGGGAGAGGAAUCCCGGGAAUGGGGAGGUCACUCAUCAGCUCUUGGUCAGCGGAACCGGAGGCGUCCAGUGGAGGCCGGCGCCGGUGGAGAGCACGGAAAACUUUUCCCGCCGCGGAUAUUUUGGGAGGAAAUCCAGGAGGAAGGAGGAGGAGGAGGAAGAGGAGGAGCGGAGCGAUCCCGGCUGGAGCCGGUUCUGCGAUUUCCGGGAGAUCACGCACGUGGUGGUGAAGGAUUCCAGGAUCAGCAUCCAUCGGCAGGAUAACGAGUGCCUGGAGGCGCUGCUCCCGUGCCGCGGCAGCGCGCUGGCGCUGGUGGCUCUGCUGGACGGUUAUUUCCGACUGACGGCCGAUUCCAGCCAUUACCUGUGCCACGACGUGGCGCCGCCGCGCCUGCUCCUCAGCAUCCUCAACGGCAUCCACGGGCCCAUGCAUGAGGAUUUUGUUUUUGCCAAGCUCCGUCGGGAAGAGCCGGAGGAAGGGCUCUACAUCCUCCGCUGGAGCGUCCUGGAUUUCAACCGGAUCAUCCUCUCCGUGCUCAAGCGGAGCCACCAGCAGGCUCCCGGAACGCCGGGAGCCUUCAAGUACCGGCAAUUCCGGAUCCAGAGGAAAGGAGAUUCCUUCGUGCUGGAGGGUUGGGAUCGGGAAUUCCCGAGCCUGCGGGAGCUCCUGGAUGUUCUCAAGGGUUGCACCCUCAAAUCCGGGCAGGAAAACUUCACGGUGAAGAGGUGCUGCCCGCCCAAGCCGGGAGAGAUCUCGGACCUGCUGAUCGUGAGGAGGGCGAAGGAGGAGGGGAAGCAGAUCCUGAACCUCACCCAGCUCAGCUUCCACCAGAUCCGCAAGAACGAGAUCGUCCAGCGCUCCCACCUGGGCCAGGGCACCCGGACCAACAUCUACGAGGGGAUCCUGAGCGUCUGCGGGAAUUCCGGGAACGACGAGGAGGAUUUUUCCGCGGAGCAGAACAACAACAACGGGCGGGAGAUGCGGGUGGUGCUCAAAGUGCUGGAUCCCAGCCACAGGGACAUCGCCCUGGCGUUCUUCGAGAGCGCCAGCCUGAUGUCCCAGGUGUCCCACGUCCACCUGGCCUUCGUGCACGGCGUCUGCGUCCGCGGCUCCGAGAACAUCAUGGUGGAGGAGUUUGUGGAGCACGGGCCGCUGGACGUGCUGCUCCGCAAGGAGAAGGGCAGGAUCUCCGUGGGCUGGAAAAUCACCGUGGCCAAACAGCUGGGGAGCGCCUUGAGCUACCUGGAGGAUAAAAACCUGGUCCAUGGGAAUGUGUGUGCCAAGAAUAUCCUGCUGGCCAGGAAAGGGCUGGAGGACGGAUCCGUGCCCUUCGUGAAACUCAGCGAUCCCGGCGUCAGCUUCACCGUGCUCUCCCGGGAAGAGCGUGUGGACAGAAUUCCCUGGAUCGCUCCGGAAUGUAUUCGGGAUAUCGGGAACCUCAGCACAGCCUCGGAUAAAUGGAGUUUUGGGACAACUCUCCUGGAAAUCUGCUUCGAUGCCGAUGUCCCGCUGAAGGAGCGCACUCCCUCCGAGAAGGAGCGUUUUUAUGAGAAGAGGCAUCGGCUGCCGGAGCCUUCCUGCCGGGAAUUGGCCUCGCUGAUCUCCCGGUGCCUCAACUACAGCCCCGGGGAGCGGCCGUCCUUCCGAGCCGUCCUGAGGGAGCUCACCCGGCUCCAGCCGCAGCACCUGGUGGACGUCUCGUCGGUGAAUCCUGAUUUCCCGGUGUCGGAUCCCACCGUCUUCCAGAAGCGGUACCUGAAGAAAAUCCGGGAGCUGGGAGAGGGUCAUUUUGGGAAGGUGAGCCUGUGCUGUUAUGACCCCACCAACGACGGCACCGGGGAGAUGGUGGCGGUGAAAUCCCUAAAAUCUGGGAGCAGCCCCCAGCUCCAGAGCUCCUGGAAAAAGGAAAUCCAAAUCCUGAAGAAUUUAUACCACGAGAACAUCGUCAAGUACAAGGGGUGCUGCAGCGAGCAGGGGGACAAGGUGGUGCAGCUGAUCAUGGAAUACGUCCCGCUCGGAAGCCUCCGGGAAUUCCUGCCCAAACACCCCCUGAGCCUCUCCCACCUCCUGCUCUUCGCCCAGCAGAUCUGUGAGGGCAUGGCCUACCUGCAUUCCCUGCACUACAUCCACCGGGAUCUGGCAGCCCGGAAUGUUCUCCUGGAAAACGAACACGUGGUGAAAAUCGGGGAUUUUGGUUUGGCCAAGGCCGUCCCCGAGGGUCACGAUUAUUACCGGGUACGCGAGGACGGCGACAGCCCCGUCUUCUGGUACGCCCCGGAAUGCCUCAAGGAAUGUAAAUUUUAUUACGCCUCCGACGUUUGGUCCUUCGGGGUGACGCUCUACGAGCUCCUGACGCGCUGCGAGCCCGGCUGCAGCCCCCCAGCCAAAUUCCUGGAGAUGAUCGGAGCCACCCAGGGCCAGAUGACGGUGCUGAGGCUGAUUGAGCUCCUGGAGAGGGGGAGGAGGCUCCCGGUGCCGGGGGAUUGUCCCUGUGAGAUUUACCGGCUGAUGAAGAACUGCUGGGAGGCCGAGGCCUCGUUCCGCCCGGCCUUUCCCAACCUCAUCCCAAUCCUGAAGAAUUUCCAGGAAAAAUAUCGGAGCCAGGCCCCUUCCGUCUUCAGCCUCUGCUGAGGGAGCAGGGAAUUCCCAAAAAAUCCCAUGGAAUGAGGGGAAAUCCCAAAAAAAUCCCAUGGAAUGAGAGGAAAAUCCCAAAAAAUCCCAUGGAAUGAGGGGAAAUCCAAAAAAAUCCCAUGGAAUGAGAGGAAAAUCCCAAAAAAAUCCCAUGGAAUGAGGGGAAAUCCAAAAAAAAUCCAUGGAAUGAGGGGAAAUCCAAAAAAAUUCCAUGGAAUGAGGGGAAAUUCCCAAAAAAAUCCCAUGGAAUGAGGGGAAAUCCCAAAAAAAUCCCAUGGAAUGAGGGGAAAUUCCCAAAAAAUCCCAUGGAAUGAGAGGAAAUCCCAAAAAAUUUCAUGGAAUGAAAGGAAAUCCCAAAAAAUCCCAUGGAAUGAGGGGAAAUCCCAAAAAAAUUUAUGAAAUUGGGGGUGAAAUUCCCAAAAAUUUCAUUAAACUUGGGUUGAAAUCCCCAAAAAAAUUUCAUGGAAUGGGGUGGAAAAACCACAAAAAAAUAAAAAAUCAUGGAAUGGGGGGAAAAUCCCCAAAAAUUUCAUGGAAUGAGAAGAAA